AUGCGGGUUGGGAUUGGGGGUGAGUGGAGAAAAUAUAUGUUCUCUUUGUUGACUUUGUCAAGUUCAUUCUGUUUGUUUAUUUCAGGAGCUGAGUACCAGGCUAGUGAUUUGGGACUUGUUGUUGAGAAUACCCAAGUUGAAGCACUAGGUAUUGCCAGAAAGGUGACAAUUACAAAGGACUCAACAACCAUUAUUGCUGAUGCUGCAUCGAAGGAUGAGAUACAGUCAAGGAUUGCUCAGCUUAAAAAGGAGUUAUUUGAAACUGAUUCAAUCUAUGAUUCUGAGAAACUUGCCGAGAGAAUUGCCAAAUUGUCAGGUGGUGUUGCUGUAAUUAAGGUUGGAGCUGCAACAGAGACUGAACUUGAGGACCGCAAACUGCGCAUCGAGGAUGCAAAGAAUGCAACUUUUGCUGCCAUUGAGGAGGGAAUUGUACCUGGUGGUGGGGCUGCAUUCGUUCAUCUGUCGACUUAUGUUCCUGCAAUCAAGGACACACUUGAAGACGCAGAUGAGAAAUUAGGAGCUGAUAUCGUGCAAAAGGCAUUAGUUGCACCAGCAUCCCUGAUAGCCCAAAAUGCUGGGGUUGAAAAGGUGAGAGACCGUGAUUGGGAGGUCGGAUACAAUGCAAUGACCGACAUCUAUGAGAACCUCGUGGAAGCUGGAGUCAUCGAUCCAGCCAAGGUGACAAGAUGUGCUCUGCAGAAUUCUGCUUCAGUUGCAGGAAUGGUCCUCACCACACAAGCCAUUGUCGUCGAGAAACCAAAACCUAAGACACCUGCUCCUCAAGGUCUUACCGUGUGAUCAAUAGAUUCAGAGUAUGUAGUAUCAACUUUUGGAGUAGUUAAGCUCUUCACCAUUGUAGGGAAAUGAGACUUGAGUAAUACAUGUUAACAAGACCAAAAAAACAACUUUUUUGUCAGCUCUUAAUUCUUGGUUGGUUCAUUGUAAGCCAAAUAAGAAAUGAAUGAAAACAUUCCUCUGGUUGCCACUCCUAUGUUCUAAUUACAAUAUUUGUUUUAUAAA